AACUAAUAGCGCUGAUUCUGUUUUUCAAAUUUAGUAAUCUGUUUUUUUAAAUUAGUGAGGUGAUGUCGGAAAUCAUAGACCAGUUCAAGGAACAAGAAUAUUCAGCCCAACUUUUUGGUUUCACUCCGAACGCAUUCGUGGAUGCUAUUUACAAUGGUUUCUCGGAAUGCAUUCAGGAGAUGCUGAUAGAAUUUCAUUCAGACUUUAAAAAAGUUGUGUCAAAUAAUGUUGAUUUGGAUUUUUCUAGAAAUGAAUUUACACAUAGUCUUGCAGAAAUUAUGGCAAAAUACUUGGAUAAACUUGAGGUUUUUUUGUUGGACAAUACAAUGUGUGUAUCAGAUCAUAUCUUGUUGCCAGAAGAUGAAGUUCACAGAAAUAAUGCUACCAGAUCAGAUGUCCAGCAGAAGGCUAAAGACAUUGAAAAACUUAAAAUGAAAAUAUUUGAGACAAUCCGAUUAAAAAAAUUACUGCUAGAAGAAGCAGCAGAGUUGAAGCAAGCAAUUGAACUGGCUGAGAGCUCCAAAAUUCAUUCAUUAAAAGAACUAACUGAACUAACUGUGUCAGUUCAGGAAGAAGCAUUAAAACAGCAGAAGUUCAUUCAGGAAAAUAUAUCUUCUGAUGUCAACUCUUCUCAACCCAUUGACAUUGAUGUUGAAAAUGAUAUUUUAAAUUUAACGCAAUACUCUUAAUUGUUUAAACCUUGAUAUAUUUUUCAUUUUGAAACCAGUGUAUUCUCACCACACACAAUCAUAGGUAUGCAAUGCAUGUUUCUAUAAAAUGUAUCUUUGUUGUGAAUGGAUGUGUGUAGAAACAGCUUACACAUUAUAUAUAUAUAUAUAUAUAUAUAUAUAUAUAUAUAUAUAUAUAUAUAUAUAUAUAUGCACAUAUAUAUAUAGUCGUUUCUUCUAAUGAUUUGUCUUUAUUUUUAAACCGUACGCUAUACACAAAUUUGCUUUUAUGUAUCGCCAUUUAACUCAAAACAUUUCCUAAAAAGACAUCGCGAUUCACCAUGGUGCGGAAGUACAUAGGUAAGGAGACGAUGACUGCGGUGUUUAUAAAUCACUGGAAGCUCAUACUUGUACCUAUGUGUUUUUGAGAGCUCUGAGAAUGUCAUAUUAUCGAGUUGUUUAUCAGACAAGAAUGAUAUGAAAUGAUAUACGUGAUGAAUAAAUAUAUGCCGAUGUG